CAGAAACUCAGAAUAAUGUUGAAAAUUUUAUGUCAUCACGAAACGGCAAGAGAAUGAUAAUUCCGACUUUAAACAAUAUGGACUCCCUCUCUGACACAGAUUCGGAAAAUAAUAAAAAAAAAAGUUUUAAGCGCAAGGCGGAUGAUAAUGUCGAUACAAAAAAAAUAUUUUAAAUGCAAAAUUGGCAAAAACAGAAGCUGCUUCUCUACCUACGAUAACAUCAAUAACAAUACCGAAACCCGCAAUAAUUGUAACUGAAGUUGAAAGAAAUGUCCCAAUAAGACCAUCUGAGAAGAUGAAAGAAUUAUCGAUAAACAUAAAUAGAGCUGAUUCUCAAAAUGUUAAUAAAAUAGUAGCUGAUAUAUUGGAAAAAGAAGAGUCUUCCAAUUUAGAAAAAAAUAUUCAACCUGACGCUCUUUCAAAUUUAAAACUUACAAAAGAUGUUGACAAUAAUAAGGAAAAUGAGAUCAGUAAACUAAAACGUAUUUUGAAAGAAAAAGAUGUUGAGUUAAAGAAAUAUAAAAAUGAUGUAUCAAAACUGAGGAAACAACUUGAAGAUGAGAUACAACAAAAAAAUGACUUUCUUUUAUUAAACAUGGAUUUACAAAGAACGGUUAUUCGUCAAUUUUCAAGAUUAAAUUCCAACUUGAAGGAGUUAACGAGUGAAGUUACGGACGUGGCAAAUAAGUCAGGAAAGGACUGUUUGGAUAAAGUUAGUGCCAUUAAAGGAGAUGAGAUACAUUUAGGUCGUAAUGUGUGGAUAAAAAAAUAUGCCUAUGACGCUAUUAAGGGAAAAUCCCGCAUUACUGUACCCCUAUUUGUGAAAGAAAUUGCUUUGGCUGUGUUUGGUGCGGACACUCUUUUAGCUAGCACGGUUACUGGCAAGCAAUCAAAUAGGUCCAAAAGUAAGGAUGCAGAGCAGGAUUUACAGAAGCUGGAUCCUGUUAAAUUAAUGGCUAUUAUGGAUAUAACUUUCCACUGGGUCAAGGAAGAAUUGAAGAAAAGCGUCACAGAGGCUGAAUUGGCAAAAGCGAAGGUUGGACACUAUAUUUCACAUAAAAUCAGUGAAAUGAAAAGGGGCAUUAAAAAAUGCGAGGAGUCGAUUAUAGCUGCAGGUAAUGGAGCAGCACAAAAUGAAAGUGACCAUGAAAAGGAAAUUAGUCAAGAAAAGGAAAUUAAUCAAGAAAAGGAAAUUAAUCAAGAAAAGGAAAUUAAACAACAAAAGGAAAUUAAACAACAAAAGGAAAUAAAUCAAGAAAAGGAAAUCAAUCAAGAAAAAGAAGUGGAAAAUAUUACUGACAAUAAUAUAUUAUCAGAUAAUUUUAAUAGCGGUAGUGAAUUUGACGACUUAACGGACAGUGACGAAGACAACGACUGUAAUAAUGACAAUGAAAAUGACAAUUACCAAGAUCCCUUAUUUAUCGAUCCCUUGAACAUGGACGACAAUUUAUUUCAAAAUGUGAUUGAAAAGUAUUAA